AUGAGCACUCUCCCACCAUCCCAGAACGGCUCUAUGUCGAGUCUCUACUUCGAUCCCUAUAGAGACUCGGAAGAUAUGGAGGACCCAAAGAUCAAUUUAUACUCCGAUAACAGCGGCAUCAUCCAAUUUAUUUCAGUCACCUGCGGCAUCGUCCUCUCUUUCUUCCCAGAUGAAUACGAUCGCGCAGUCCAUGACUGGCUGCCCAGCGCCAAUAGCGCUACCAAAAAAGAGGGCAAUACGCAUUGGCCCACCGAUAUCUCGCGCGACAUCAUCCCCGUCGGCUGCCACUCUCACAACGACUACUGGCGUCGAGUACCACUCUACUCCGCCCUACAAGCCGGCUGCACAGGCGUCGAAGCCGACGUCUGGCUCUUCGACGACGAGCUCUACGUCGGCCACACAAAAUCCUCCCUAACAGAGCGUCUAACCCUCCGAACCAUGUACAUCGACCCACUUGUAACGAUCCUCGAGCGCCAAAACCCAACCACCAAAUUCACCACAGAACCCAAAACAAACCCCCACGGCAUCUUCGACACAAACCCCUCCCAAAGCCUGAUCCUCCUAAUCGACUUCAAAACCGCCGGCCCGGCAACCUACCACGCCGUCACGAAACACCUCGCUCCCCUCCGUGACCGUGGCUAUCUAACCCACUUCAACGGCGAUUCUCUCAUCCAGCGCCCCGUCACAGUCGUCGGGACGGGAAAUACUCCCUUCAACCUCAUAACCGCAAACGCCACCUACCGGGAUAUCUUCUUCGAUGCCCCGCUCGAUAAGCUCCUCGACGCCAACCAAGCAGACAACCCUCCCCCUCAUCCAGAUGCAGAUAUCCAGUCUCCGCCUCCAGGCACAGAUACAGAUCUCGGCCAAGGCCAUUCCGGCAUGCCAGCAGUGAUUACGCCCAACACCUUCAACGACACGAACAGCUUCUACGCCUCUGUCUCAUUCAAGAAGGCAAUCGGAUAUCCCUGGCCAUUCCAUUUCACGCAGGCCCAGAUGGAGCGCAUACGCGCGCAAGUGCGGGCUGCGCAUCGGCAGGGACUGAAGGUGCGGUAUUGGGCGCUGCCGAGCUGGCCGAGGAGUUUGAGGAAUCAUGUUUGGAGGGUGCUUGCGCAGGAGGGGGUUGAUAUGCUUAAUGUUGAUGAUUUAGUUGAUGCUACCAAGGGGGAUUGGAAUUCGAGGGUUUUUGAUUGGUGGCCGUGA